AUGGCUUUCUCUUGGCAUUCAAAACGGAUACUAAUUCCAUUCAUGUUAUUGUCUAUUUUCGUUAGCUCCACAUUUGCAAAUUUCUACAACAAUGUGGAUAUCACCUGGGAGAUGGCCGGGCUAAAAUUCUCAACAAUGGGGAGCUUCUGUCUCUCACGCUGGACAAAACUUCCGGGUCAGGCUUCCAAUCCAAGAACGAGUAUUUGUUCGGGAAAAUCGAAAUGCAACUCAAACUUGUGCCCGGAAAUUCAGCCGGAACCGGAACAGCAAUUCCAUCUCUGGUUCGACCGGACUGCUGAUUUCCACACUUACUCCAUCCUCUGGAACUCGCAACGAAUCGUUUUCUCUAUUGACGGGACUCCAAUCAGAGAAUUCAAGAAUCCAGAGACAGUUGGAGUGGCUUAUCCCAAGAAUCAGGCAAUGAGGAUUUACUCCAGCUUGUGGGAUGCUGAUGAAUGGGUAACCAGAGGUGGGCUCGUGAAGACGGAUUGGAGCAAAGCCCCGUUCACAGCUUCUUACAAGAAUUUUAAUGACGACAAAGCUUGUGUUUGGUCCUCUGCUUCAUCUUCAUCUUCUUGCAGCAGCAGCUCCAUCAGUGGACAGUCAUGGCUGAAUGAGGAAUUGGAUAACACGAGUCAAGAAAAGCUGAAAUGGGUGAAGAACAAUUAUAUGGUUUAUGAUUAUUGCUCUGAUUCUGAGCGAUUUCCUCAAGGCUUCCCUCCUGAAUGUGCUUUUGAAAGUGCUUGA